CGCGCUAUUGGAGUACUUUCUAUUGCUCGAGAGCUAUAAAGACUAGCCCGCUGCGAGCUGAAGUUCGAUAAGACACUCCAGUCUCCACUCGGUACUUCAAUGGCUUUCGCUCAACUCUCAACUCUCAUCGCUCUUGUCUUCGGCGCCGCCCAGUUCGUCGCGGCUGCUCCACCCAGGAAGAUUAGGUGUGCUGACGGAAACGUCACAUCCAACGCUGUCUGUUGUCAGUUGUUCCCCGUCGUUGCAAACCUACAAGAGAACUUGUUCGACGGUGCUCAAUGUGGUGAAGAGGCGCACUCUGCUCUCCGCCUCUCCUUCCACGAUGCCAUCGGGUUCUCGAUCCACGGCGGCAAGGGUGGAGGUGCUGAUGGUUCCAUCUUAGCUUUCAACGACACCGAGCUGCAAUUCCACGCCAACGGUGGUAUUGACGACAUCGUCGCCGGCCAGUUCCCGGUGUUCCAGACAACCAACCUCUCCCCAGGUGACUUCGUCCACCUCGCUGCCGCGGUCGGUACUGCGAACUGCCCUGGUGCUCCUCAGCUCGAAUUCUUCUUCGGGCGCCCUCCCCCCAAGGCACCCGCUCCCGAUCUCACUGUCCCCGAACCCACCGACUCCGUCGACGCUAUCAUUGAGAGGUUCGCAGAUGCUGGCUUCGCCCCAGACGAGAUUGUCGCUCUUCUGUCGUCUCACACUGUUGCUGCUGCCGAUGUCGUUGAUGUGACAAUCCCUGGAACUCCCUUCGACUCGACACCCUUCACCUUCGACACACAGAUCUUCGUUGAGACCUUGUUGGUUGGUACGCUGUUCCCAGGAAACGGCUCCCAGUCCGGUGAAGUAUUGUCCCCCAUUCCCGGAGAGAUGCGUCUUCAGAGUGACUUCGAACUCGCCCGUGACCCAAGGACCGCCUGUCUUUGGCAGGCCAUGAUCAACGACCAGACUCGCAUGCAGACGCAAUUCAAGGCCGCCAUGGCCAAGCUCGAAGUCCUCGGCCAGAGAAACCUUGUAGACUGCUCUGAUGUCGUCCCCGUUCCCCCUCCCUUCAGAGGCCAGGCCAUGUUCCCCGCCACGUUCUCCCGCAGGGAUAUUCAGCAGGCUUGCCAGGCGACUCCCUUCCCCACCCUUGAGACCAUCCCGGGUCCCGAGACCUCCGUACCCCCCGUUCCCGGCUCUUAA